CAAUUUUAUGGCGGGAAUUUAGUGUGCGUUGUGUGGUGAAAAUAGUUCCGCUGUCAAAAGGAGGGAGCGUUGGAUGAAUUGUGUAUUAUCAAGAAGCCUGUGUAUAUAAUCGGUUUAGAUACUGAGGGUCCGAAGAGGAAACGUCAAAUUACUUACCCAGAAAGCAGUUGAUUAUUGACGAUGGGGCGUAAAACAUCAAAAGGAAAGGAAAAAAGGCUGCAGCAGAGAGAGGAAGCUCUUCAGAUAGCUGCUGCCAAAGCUGUAGUUGACAAAGCAAAUGCUCAAGAAGAUCCUCUAGCACCAUUUCCUGCCUUCAGAAAUUUCAACAAAAAUGGAGUUGAGGCAACACUUUCUUGUGUUAAAAGUGAAAACAUUGACAACGAUACGUGGAAUUGGAUUUUUAAUUUACUGGAGUGCAAUAUGAAACCGUUGUACAACUCUUGCAGUUGGGGUUGGAAUGAGAAAGUAAAGAAAGAAGAACUGACUGAUGAACGAGCAUUAUAUCUUGUAGCAAGGGAUAAGGAGGGCAAAGCAUUAGCAUUCUCGCAUUUCCGAUUCGAUUUAGAUUAUGGGGUAGAAGUUUUGUAUUGCUAUGAAUUGCAGCUGGAAGCCGCGGUUCGGAGAAAAGGUCUGGGGAAAUUUAUGAUGCAGGUAUUGGAACUGAUGGGAUUUUCAGCCAAAAUGAAAAAAGUUGUGCUGACUGUCCUGAAGCAUAACCCAGAUGCAAUGAAUUUCUUCACCGCCCUGAGGUAUUCACUGGAUGAAACCUCUCCAGAAGACAACUUUUAUGAAGAGUUUCCAUAUGUAAUUCUCAGUAAACCAAAUAAGAAGCUGCUGUCAUCAGUGUAAUGGAUUGCUGAAAAUUACUGAAAAUAUUGACUAUUGUGUUUAUCACAAAUAUGUUGACACAUUUUAUUCAA